GCCACUCACAGCCGUUCCCAGACGCUCGACUACGUAGAUCCCUCUGCUGCCACCCUCAUCUCGCCGGUAGCUGCCUCCUCUCUUCCCUUUCGCUUCUCCGGUCCCAUCAAGCGCAAGCCCGUGUCCAGCACCGCGGCCUCUUCCUCGCUUGUCUCGCAGUACCUCCAGGGCUCUCCUCUGCUUCACACCACCACCAUCGACCUGCCCAAGCCCGAUCACCGAUUCGCGCGGCCGCCAUCCGUCGACAGUCCCACCUUCUACGAGUACCCUGCCUCUGUGCGAGCUUCUACUGCCGCAGAGCUGGCGCCAAGCGACGACGAAACAGCUGCUGCUUCGGGAAACAUAUCCACCCGCAGCGGGCCUCCCGCUGAAACCGCUGACACGGAAUCCUCUGCUGGACUGUCAGUGUACGACGACUUGCUGCCGGAUCUGACACCCGACGGCACGCCUGACGCUGCGUCUGUCAACGAGCGCGACCAAGCCACGGACAGCGCCUCCGACAUCGAGUCCAACUACGACGACGGCUCGAAUCCCCCUCCCUCUCCGCCCAUGUUGGCCCCGACCAAGCACGCACCUCCGCAUCUACGGCUCGAAAAGGUCGAUCCCUCUGUUCAUAUAGGCGACGGGCCGCAGACGUACAUUGACGACUCGCCCCAGUCCGCCGCCAUAGACGGGUCGCCGAAGCUCAACAAACCGCUGCCCAGGUCACCAGGCGCAACCUCUCCACUGGCUUCCAUCUUCGGCUGGGGGAACUCGUCCUCCACGGAGCUGUCAUCGUCGCCUUUGUCGCCGAACGCUAAGGGCUCGGCCAAUGACAAUCGACGGUCAACGAACAGCCUCUCGUCAAGGUAUACAAAGCCCAAUGCAACCACGACUCUCGCCCAACAGCGCGAAUCCUUCUUCUCGACGCACUCACCCCACCUCUCCCAAAACACAGCCCUGAUCGAAGAGAUGGAAGACGAGCUGAAGGCCAUCAGCUCGGAGCUGGCUGCAUCGAUCCGCCGCGAGAUUGACCUGGAAGACCUGGCCGAUAGGCUCCAGGAGCAGCUCUCCAGCAACCCCCAGACGCUCGCCAGCAAGCGAACAAGCGACUACUUCUCCGACUCUGGCCACAGCACAGCCAAGCUCGGCGAGUUUGACCACACCCGGGAUGAGAUUGAAAAGGUGCAGAGGAGGUCGGAGCAGGAGAGAGCUUCCCUCCGCCUCGAGCUGACAUCGAAGCUGCAAGAAGAGAGGGAAAAGAGGAAGGAUCUCGACCAGAAGAUUAGGCAGCUUCAGGAGCGAGCUUCCGAAGUAGACGUUGUCGAGAUCAACAACAUGGAUGCUACCGAGCGCAUCAAGGAACUGGAAAGCACUUGCGAGGAUCUGCGCCGGAAGCUGUCAGAGGAGCGUCAGUCCAAGGCCAACUUUGAAGACAUCCUGGCCGCCCUCAAGUCUCAGCUACAGGAAGCCUCUGAUGAGCGAGAUAAUCUCCGCGACGAGGUCGUUCCGGAGCUCAAGGCGCGAGUCGAAGGCUUGGAGUCUGAGGCAGCCGAGUAUGCCAACCUGACGUACGAAUCCUCCAGGAUGCAGCAGGAGCUGCACACCCUGAAGCGAGAGAACAGCUCACUGCGCAACUCCAUGGCCGGCGGCAUCGACGAAUUGCCUACUAAGCGAAUGUCAGUCAUCGGACUGUCUGGCCUCUCUGGACUCUCCAGUCUGUCCCGGUCCAAUUCGAGUGGCCUCUCGCGCUCCAACUCUGUGGCUACCGGAUCGCGCAACCGCGUCCCUCCCGGCCUCGGCGGACUCAAGAGAUCUGACAGCUUUAAGACGGCUGCGCAGACUGACUCUCGCGAGACCUUGCUCGAGCGACUGAAGGACGUGGAAGAGCAGCGCGACGCCCUCCACGGCGCCCUCAAGAGUCUGUUGGAGCGACACGAGUUCCAGAACCGCGAGUACCAGAAGAAGAUUCGCAUGCUGGAGAAGGAGCGCCAGCGGCUCACGACGGUGACGCCCCGCAAGGCCGGGUUCGAGAAGGACAUGAGCAAGCUGCGCACCGAGAUCAACCUCCUGCGACGACGCGCCGAGGAUGCUCUCGAGCAGAAGUGGCAGGUUGAAAAGGGCCUCGGCGGCCUCAAGAUUGAUCUGGACCGAGCGGAAGAGGAGAUUCAGUCUCUGCGUGGUCUUCUCAAGGAGAACGACAUUCUGAUCCCCCCUUCCAUUGCUCGCCUGAGCAGCUCUAGCGACACUGGCCGAGAGCCCGUCACGUCCGAGUCGCUCCGGACGGCGUACGCGGAGCUGCAGGCCGCAUACACCGAAUCUCUGGCGCGCAUCCGCGAGCUCGAAGACUCUGCCUCUGACGAUGAGACCAAAGAGGCCAUGGAUCGCCUAGAGCGCUCGCUCUCCGCCGCAGUGCUUGAGCGUGACGCAGCCAGAAGGGAGGUUGACCAGCAGAAGGCUCAGAUCAGCAUGCUGGCGGCUGACGAGGCCCAGUCGGCUGCGGCCGACGGCACUCUGGCCGAGCAGCUCAAGGAGUCUGCCGAUCUCAUUGAGCAGCUCACGACCCAGGUUCGUCAACAGCUGGACACCAACACCGAGCUGCGAACACGUCUGGAAGCUGCCGUCGCUAGGGGAGAAGCGGAUCGCAAGACCAACUCACAGCGCAUCUCGGAGCUCCAGGAGCGUCUUCGUGUCCUGGAGGACCAGGUCGUCGCCGCCCAGACCGCGUCGGAGGACCGCGUCGUCCGUCAUGAAGAGGAGAUUACCCGGCUGCGCGAAGCGCAUAACGAGCAGCUUCGUCGCCUUCAGGCUGAUCCCGCCGAUGGCUCGUCGCACAAGUCGGGCUCGAAGCCGCUGCUCAGCACGCGGUCCAUUGCUUCCAAGAGCCUCGAAGAAGAGGCUGAUAUGAAGACACUCCGGGCGCGCGUCCUUGAGCUCGAAAAGGCCCUUGGCGAGGCCGAGGACGAAAUGCAAGAGGUCGUGGCUAGGAUGAACAUGGCCCAGGUUGAGGUCCUCAACCUCCAGGAGGACCGUGAGGCAGCCGUCCGAGAGACUAGGCGACUCGAGGAGCUGCUGAAGAAGGAGCAGUCCAAGGCCGGCUUUGGCGGGUUCUUUGCCUCUCGGAGCUGA